AUGUCAACUCGUAGUCGACAGUCAACUGGAUCUGUUACUUCUAAAGCAGAUCAUCCAUCUUUAGCUCUUGCUGAAAGUUACGAUGAAGAAAUUGCACCUUUACUCACAACAAUUGACCAAAUUCGAAAUCGAGUGUCUGAUAUUGAUGCAACAAUUGAUCUACCAGCGAUUGUUGUUAUUGGUGAACAAAGUUCAGGAAAAAGUAGUGUUUUAGAAGCUUUAUCAGGCAUACCUUUACCUCGUGGUGGACAACAUAUGACAACAAAAUGUCCUCUUGAACUUCGUAUGCGUCGUUCACCAACUUGGCAUGCAACUCUUUCAUGUUCAGGUCGUCUUAUACGAGAUAAUAUUCCAACUGCAAAUGAAAUUAGUCAAUAUAUUAAUCAGGAACAAAAUCGCUUAACAUUUAAUCGUGAUCAAAUAUCAAAACAAGUUCUUUCGCUCGAUAUUCAAGCACCCUAUUUACCAAAUUUAACUUUAAUUGAUCUUCCAGGAAUAAUUCAAGUAACAUCAAAACAACAAGAUAGUGAAUCAGUUAAUAUGAUUGAAGAAUUAAUACAAGAAUAUCUUGAUAAACCAUCAACAAUAAUUCUUGCUAUUAUUCAAGCUUGUAAUGAUAUUGAAACAUCAGCAGCAAUUAAAUAUGCUAAAAUGUUCGAUCCAGAUGGUGAACGAACAAUUGGUGUAUUAACAAAACUUGAUCUUGUUGAUCGCGGAGUUGAACAAAAAUUAUUAGAUGUUUUUGAUAAUAAACGUAUACCAUUAAAACAUGGUUAUCUCAUGGUUAAAUGUCGUACACAAGAAGAUAUUGAUAAUAAUAUUGAAUUAAGUGAAGCACUUCGUAAAGAAGAACAAUUUUUUUCUAAAUCGCAAAAAUUUCAUUCAGUACCAGCUGAAAGACGCGGUUGUCCAUCAUUAGCUCGUUUUCUCACUCGCGAACUUGUUCGAAGUAUAAAACAAGCUUUACCACGUCUUAUUACUGAUUUACGUACAAAAAUUAAUAACGUCGAACAACAAUUUCGUCAAUUAGGUAUUGAAGAUUAUACUCAAUUAUUAUUUACAAAUGAAGCACGUUCAAGACAUUUAACAAAUAAACUAUUUACUGCUAUGCAAUCAUUUCGUACAGAAAUUCAUGGUGUUGAAGAAGGUGCACAAGUGAAUAAUCCAUUAUAUUCAAAACGAAAUGAAUUAAAUCAACAAUUCUAUGAUGAAAUGCAUAAUUGUAAACUUGAUAAUAAUAAACUUAUUCAAUCAAUUAAAUCCGCUAUGAUUGCUACACAAGGACCAGAACCAGCUGAUUAUAUUUUAUUUCGUGUAACAAAAACGGUAUGUCUUAAUUAUAUAAAAGUUAUUCGUACACCAAUGGAACAAUAUUUAUCUCAUAUGUUGGAACGUACGAAUAAUGUCAUAUCAAAUGUGAUAAAUAAAGUUUUUCAAGCACGUCCAAAUCUAUUGAAUCAGAUUCGUUUAAUGCAUGAAAAUAUUGAGAAACAAUUAAAAGAUGAAUGUUAUCGUGAAUUAGAAUUAAUACUUGAAAUGGAAGCAUCAUUUGUAUAUGCUGAUCAUCCAUUAUAUAAAGACACGUUAAAACGAAUUAAAAAAAUUCAUAAACAAACUUCUAAUGAUGCAUCGACAGUAAUAACAACGGUGCAAUCAGCUCGAUUACCUUAUACAACAACAACAAAUGCUGCAACAAAUUCAAUGACAACAUCUGUAAAACGAAAAAGUGGUGCAAUAAGUGAAGAUAAUGAUGAUGAUUUAGAGGAUGAAUAUAAAUCACCGAUUAAAAUAUCUCGGCCAAAUAAUCCUUCUUCAACAAAUCGUUUAUCAUCAUUAUGGAGUAAUUAUUGGUCUACUUCUCAACAGAAUACUAUUCCCGAAUCUCUCACUACUAAAACUAACGAUAAUCGUUUAGCAUCAGAUUAUGUUUCAUCAACAAGAUCUCCAACAACUAAUGUUAUAAAUGAGAAUUUAAAUGAUGAAGAAAUUGUUGAAUAUAAAAUUCGUAUAUUAACAAUGCAAGAUAUAAUAUGUCAACGAAUUGUUUUAACAUUUCCUCAACGUAUUGAAUAUCAACUUGUACGAAAACAAUUUUCUCAACUUGAUUUACAAUCAUCCAUAUUGAGUAGUACGAGUUUAGAGAAACUUGAUCAUUUAAUGGCGCAUGAUCCUGAUAUAGAACGUCGACAAAAUGAUUUGAUUAAUAAACGAAAAGUAUAUGAUGAAACAAUUAAAGAUUUACAAAAUCUUGAUCAACAUUAA